UGUUGUUAUGUAGACGAUUUAGUAAACUCACGCCCACCGCGAAGCCGGUUGAUGAUAUCUUGAUAAAUUGUUAUGCAAUACACGUAGUACUUAGACAUUUCUAUUAAAAACAAGUGUAUAUCAUUCAAUUUGUUAUCAACGUAGACAUUUCGCAGUUUGUGUCCAUGACUAUCGCUUAUAUCCAUAUCUCAGUAAUAUUGCUGUUCGCAAGCGCGGCGCACGCGUCUCAAAAUAACACGAUGUUGAAGAUCCCGAAAACUAUGAGAGCCGUCGGCCUCUAUAAAUACUUGCCGAUAAGCGAUGUCAACAGUCUAAUCGACGUAGAAGUGAAAGUCCCCAGUGUGACACCGUCUGAUGUGCUAGUUGAAGUCAAAGCUACUGCAGUAAAUCCCAUUGACACUAAACAGCGCGCUCCGAAACCCAACGUAGAAGCUAUACCGCGUAUUCUGGGAUGGGACGGCGCAGGAGUCGUAGUUUCUAAAGGAGAGAAAGCUAAUUUAUUCAAUGUCGGCGACGAGGUAUUUUUCACGGGUGACUUGAGGAAGAGUGGUUCUAAUGCACAAUACAUGGCUGUUGACCAAUAUUUGGUAGGAAUCAAGCCCAAAAACUGGACAUUUGAACAAGCCGCCGCAAUACCUCUGGUGACGCUCACGGCGUGCGAGUCAAUAUUUGACCGUCUACUGCUCUCAGAGAAAGACAAAGGAAAAUCAAUUUUAAUCAUCAACAGUGCUGGAGGAGUGGGAUCAGUGGCUACACAGAUUGUCAAGAACCUCGGUCUGAAAGUAAUAGGCACAGCAUCGCGUCCAGAAACUCAGGCGUUCACGCGCCAGUUUGGAGCAGACAUAGUCCUCAACCACACCCAGGAUCUGAUACCACAGCUGGAGGCAAAUGGGUUUGGAGCAGGAGUGGACUUUAUUCUAGUUAACUUCGACCCCGCACCGUACUGGGAUACGAUGAUGAAGGCAAUCAAACCUCAGGGUAAGAUUUGUAUGCUAGUGGACAGCAGCGCUCCAGUGAACAUAGCUACGUUGAAAGACAAAAGUAUAACUUUAGUUGGUGAAAUGAUGUUUACGAGAAUGAAGUAUGACACCGAAGAUAGAAUAAGACAUUACGAAAUUUUCAAGGAGGUCUCCAAGUGGAUGGAAGAAGGCAAGCUCAGGAGUCCUUUGACGAAAACAUUGAGUCCUAUCAACGCUGCUAACUUGCGAGAGGCGCACAAAAUUAUGGAAGAGAAAAAAAUGAUUGGGAAACUAGUGUUAACAGGAUUUUGAGUACAAACUACGAACUUAAUAGUCAUUUCACUGCUUUAUUUAAAUGUAGGCAAGAUACUUAUUCUGUAAGUGUAGGUACCUACAAAUAUACUUAAAAGCAUCAUGUAUUUGUAUAGUGUGAUACCAAAAAUAAGUAGGUACCUAUUUCUGGUAUCUCAAUAAUAUUUAGUAAUCAUAAUGAUCAUUAUACUUAAUUAAGGAUAGUUGUAAUGUGUAAUUUUUAGUUUGGUAUUAUUUAAAGAUUACUUUAAUUAGAAA